AUGGUUGGACACACUAUAUCUGAGGCAAAAGCUUAUGAGUUUGAUGAUUUAUUAGAAGAUGUAGAAACUCCUCUUUUUCUUGGUCGUACAACUUACACUAAAUUAUCGGCAGUUGUCAUACUAUACAAUUACAAGUCUACUAAUGGUCACACAAACACUAGUUUCAAUGAGCUCCUUACGAUCUUAGUUGACAUGCUUUCAAAAAACAACACACUUCCAGAAACUGUUUACGCGAUGAGAAAGUUAUUGAAACCAUUUGAUUUAGGAUAUGAGAAGAUUCAUGCUUGCCCAAAUGAUUGUUGUUUAUUUAGAAAGGAGCUUAAAGAUCUGGACUCGUGUCCAAAAUGUGGUUCCUCAAGAUGGAAGAUAGACAAAGUCACCACCAAAGUUUGUAAAGGAGUUCCUGAAAAGGUCCUACGAUAUUUUCCAGUGAUACCAAGAUUGAAAAGGAUGUUUAAAUCAAAAGAAAAGGCUGAAGAGUUGAUUUGGCACUCGAACCACAAAAGUCAAGAUCAUAUGAUGCGUCAUCCAGUUGAUUCAGUAGCUUGGGAUACAAUAGAGCAUAAGUGGCCAGAUUUUGCAUCUGAUCCUAGAAAUCUCCACCUUAGUCUUGCAACCGAUGGAUUCAACCCUUUUGGCAACCUUAGUUCUAGAUAUAGUUGUUGGCCCAUUAUUUUGGUCAAGUAUAACCUUCCUCCAUUGAUGUGCAUGACAAAGGAAAAUCUUAUGCUGACAUUACUGAUUCCAGGUCCGAAACAACCUGGAAAUGAUAUAGAUGUAUACUUGCAACCGCUUGUGGAGGAUUUGAAGGAGUUAUGGGAUAGAGGUGUGGAGGAGUAUGAUGCAUUUAGUAAAUCAAUGUUCAAUCUGAAGGCUAUUUUGAUGUGGACGAUCAAUGAUUUUUCAGCUUAUGGAAACUUAGCUGGAUGCGCCACAAAAGGGAAACUCGCUUGCCCAAUAUGUGGUGAAGACAUAUGUUCUAUGUGGCUCAAAUUUAGUAGAAAGUUUGCAUACUUAGGCCAUAGGAGAUUUCUUGCUCCUAAUCAUCCAUUUCGUCAGAAAAAGAAGUGGUUUAAUGGGAAAAAAGAGAGUAAAGGGAAACCUAGACCUUUGAAUGGGUUAGAAAUUUUCAAUGCAUUGAAAGAUAUUGAAAAUGAUUGGGGUAAAAAGAAAAAGGGUGUGACUAUCAACACUUUGAGGAAAAAGAGAAAAAAGCAUGAUAGUUCAAAGGAAGAACAAAAACUAGUUCAGCAGUGGAAGAAAAAGUCAUUUUUUUCGAUUUGCCAUAUUGGAGUGUUGAAAAAAAUAAAGUUACCUGAUGGAUAUAACUCAAAUAUUGGUAAUUGUGUUUCUAUAGAAGAGUGUAAGCUUAUUGGGUUGAAAUCUCAUGAUUGUCAUGUUCUAAUGCAACAAUUGCUAUCAGUGGCUUUGAGAAAUCUUCUACCGAAAGGUCCACGUAAUGCUAUCUUUUUGUUGGGUGCAUUUUACAAUGAAUUUUGUCAAAGAGUAUUAGACAGGAACCGUUUAGAACAAUUGGAGGAGAAUAUUGUGGAAAUUCUAUGCAUGUUGGAAAGCAAGAGAGCUCGCUUGUGUGGACCAGUCCAAUUCCGUUGGAUCUAUCCAUAUGAAAGAUUUAUGAAAACAUUAAAAGGGUAUGUGAAGAACCGGGCAAGACCAAAAGGAUGUAUAGCUGAGUGUUACCUCGCAGAAGAACAAAUGAUAUUCUGUAGUGCUUAUAUAAAAAAGGCUUCUAGUAUUGGUGUUCUUUCUAGAAGGAACGAUGAUUUGGAUGAUGGAUUAUUUGAAGGUCACCCAAUUUUUAAAGGGAAAGAAAAGAUUUUAGAGGACCACGUGUUGCAAGCUGCACAUCAAUAUGUAUUGUUCAAUACUGCAAAAGUUGAACCUUACUUACAGUGUGAUUGGGCCAAUCCUAGAACUGGUUUCAAAAUUAAAGAUGGUUUUACAUUGGUCAACUUACACCAAGGCCUAAAAACCUUCAAAAUUGAUCCUUUCAUUUUAGCAUCACAAGAAAAGCAAGUAUUCUAUUCCAAGGAUAAUGAUGAAUCAAAUUGCUAUGUAUUGCUAAAAGCACCGCCUCGAGGUCUUCAUAACAUGAAUGUGCUUGAAGAAGAUGCGUAUACGUCAUCAACACCUCUUGAUGUGUCCCUAAUUGAGAUCAACAUUAUUGAGAAAGAACUGUACUCAAGGAAUGACUGUGAGGGAAUUGAUGUGAUUGAGACAUGA